AGAAGAAGAAGAAGAAGAAGAAAAGUCGCGGCGGCGGCGGCGGGAGGAACGGGUUUUCUUCAUGACAGCUGACACUACCUCCGCCCCCUCGCCCGCCUCCGCCCCCCGCACUCCGUUUAACGUGAGAUUAUGAAAUUGCAGAGGCGGCGGAGGGAAGGAGACAGGAUAUAGCCGGGAGUUUGGAGGGGAGAGGUGGCUGAAACCAAAAAAAACCCGAUUGCGCACUGGGUUGUGAUGAGAAAUCUAAUCAGAUCUUUGGCUGAGCGGCCGGCCGGAAGGGUGACGAGUGGGGGGAGUUGAUCCCCCCCCCCCAAAAUUCUUCGAAGGGGGAGGGGACGGGGGCCGGCAUCGACGAUGUAAAAGGAGACUUUUUUCUUUUUUUUUUUUUAUUUCUUUUUUUUUUUUUUUUCUCUGGUGGUGGUGGUGGCGGCGGCUGUUGGGUGCCUCGCCAACAUGAAGGAUGCGGGACGCCGCUCUCUCUGGGAGCCGAACGCAGCGGAUCCUAUGAUGGUGCUACAGAGAAGGAACAACGGAGCUUUUUCUUGCGAGACCUGGAUCGUAACACAAAUGUGUGUGUGUGCGCGCAGAGGGAGCGCUCAAAAAUGAAAUAAACCAGUGUCAGACCUUCAGGGGUUGAUGUGUUCUGACAUCCAUAAAUAAUAAAACAUCUGCCCCCUCCCGCCCCCAAAGGAUGAUUGGAAAUGGAGACCCGCGGAUCCACAAAGAAAAAGUAUGUUCGUUUUUCUCUGUAAGGGAGAAAGUAAGCCCAGGAGGUAUUUUUGGAAUGAAAAGUUUGGGGCUUUUUUUAGGAAAGUAAAAGACCUGAGAAGGUGGUGUUUUCUUUUCUCUUUUGAAUUUCCCACAAGAGGAGAGGAAAUUAAUAAUACAUCUGCAAAGAAAUUUCAGAGAAGAAAAGUUGACCGCGGCAGAAUGAGGCAUUGAUUGGGGGAGAGAAACCAGCAGAGCACAGUUGGAUAUGUGCCUAUGUUGACUAAAACUGACGGAUAAUUACAGUUGGGUUUUUCUUCAUCAACCUCUUUUUUGGUUUGUUGGGAUUUUUUUUUUCCCUUUUUGGUGUCAAGAUCAUGCAUUUUCUCUUGUUCUUAACCACCUGGAUUUCCAUCUGGAUGUUGCUGUGAUCAGUCUGAAAUACAAUCAAGAAACUGAGGCUGAGAGAAAAGGGACUUGCCCAGAGUCACUCGGCCAGGCAGUGACAAACUACUGUAGAACUUUUGACUGAACUCCAGAAGGACCAACACCAGAUAAAUUAUGAAUGUUGAACAAGAUGACCUUACAUCCACAGCAGAUAAUGAUAGGUCCUAGGUUUAACAGGGCCCUAUUUGACCCUCUGCUUGUGGUGCUGCUGGCUCUUCAACUUCUCGUGGUGGCUGGUCUUGUACGGGCUCAAACCUGCCCUUCCGUGUGCUCCUGCAGUAACCAGUUCAGCAAAGUAAUUUGUGUUCGGAAAAACCUUCGCGAGGUUCCGGAUGGCAUUUCCACCAACACACGACUGCUGAACCUCCAUGAGAACCAAAUCCAGAUCAUCAAAGUGAAUAGCUUCAAGCACUUGAGGCACCUAGAAAUUCUACAGUUGAGCAGAAACCACAUUAGAACCAUUGAAAUUGGGGCCUUCAAUGGUCUGGCAAACCUCAACACUCUGGAACUCUUCGACAAUCGUCUUACCACCAUCCCAAAUGGAGCUUUUGUAUAUUUGUCUAAACUGAAGGAGCUUUGGUUGAGAAACAACCCCAUUGAAAGCAUCCCUUCUUAUGCUUUUAACAGAAUACCUUCUUUGCGCCGACUAGACUUAGGGGAAUUAAAAAGGCUUUCAUACAUCUCAGAAGGUGCCUUUGAAGGUCUGUCCAACUUGAGAUAUUUGAACCUUGCCAUGUGCAACCUUCGGGAAAUCCCUAACCUCACACCGCUCAUAAAACUAGAUGAGCUAGAUCUUUCUGGGAAUCAUUUGUCUGCCAUCAGGCCUGGCUCUUUCCAGGGAUUGAUGCACCUUCAAAAACUGUGGAUGAUACAGUCCCAGAUUCAAGUGAUUGAACGGAAUGCCUUUGAUAACCUUCAGUCACUAGUAGAGAUCAACCUGGCACACAACAAUCUAACAUUACUGCCUCAUGACCUCUUUACACCGUUGCAUCAUCUAGAGCGGAUACACUUACAUCACAACCCUUGGAACUGUAACUGUGACAUACUGUGGCUCAGCUGGUGGAUAAAAGACAUGGCUCCCUCCAACACAGCUUGUUGUGCCCGGUGUAACACUCCUCCCAAUCUGAAAGGGAGGUACAUUGGGGAACUCGACCAGAAUUACUUCACGUGCUAUGCUCCUGUGAUUGUGGAGCCCCCUGCAGACCUCAAUGUCACUGAAGGCAUGGCAGCUGAGCUGAAAUGUCGGGCCUCCACGUCCCUGACAUCUGUAUCUUGGAUUACUCCAAAUGGAACAGUCAUGACACAUGGGGCAUAUAAAGUGCGGAUAGCUGUGCUCAGUGAUGGUACGUUAAAUUUUACGAAUGUAACAGUGCAAGAUACGGGCAUGUACACAUGUAUGGUGAGUAAUUCUGUUGGAAACACUACUGCUUCAGCCACUCUGAAUGUUACUGCAGCAACCACUACUCCCUUCUCUUACUUUUCAACUGUCACAGUAGAGACUAUGGAACCUUCUCAGGAUGAGGCACGGACCACAGAUAACAAUGUGGGCCCCACUCCAGUGAUUGAUUGGGAAACCACCAAUGUGACCACUUCUCUCACGCCACAGAGCACAAGGUCGACAGAAAAGACAUUCACCAUCCCAGUGACUGAUAUAAACAGUGGGAUUCCAGGAAUUGAUGAAGUCAUGAAGACUACUAAAAUCAUCAUUGGUUGUUUUGUGGCCAUAACACUCAUGGCUGCAGUGAUGUUGGUCAUUUUCUACAAGAUGAGGAAGCAGCACCAUCGGCAAAAUCAUCACGCUCCAACAAGGACUGUUGAAAUCAUCAAUGUGGAUGAUGAGAUUACAGGGGACACACCCAUGGAGAGCCACCUGCCCAUGCCUGCUAUUGAGCAUGAGCACUUAAAUCACUAUAACUCUUACAAAUCUCCCUUCAACCACACAACAACAGUUAACACAAUAAAUUCAAUACACAGUUCAGUGCAUGAACCGUUAUUGAUCCGAAUGAACUCUAAAGACAAUGUACAAGAGACUCAGAUCUAAAACAUUUAUUACAGAGUUACAGAAAACAAACAAUCAAAAAGACAGUUUAUUAAAAAUGACACAAAUGACUGGGCUAAAUCUACUGUUUCAAAAAAGUGUCUUUACAAAAAAACAAAAAAGAAAAGAAAUUUAUUUAUUAAAAAUUCUAUUGUGAUCUAAAGCAGACAAAAUUAUGUGUAUUCCUCAGAACCUGUUUUUGCUGCACUUAUUUACUAUUUUCCCACAUCUCAUCCCUCCUUUCCCUGAUUGCCAUAUUUUUCAUAGAUCUCAAUUCCCUAAAGAACUGGUCUAGGAAAUUUUGUAAGAAUUAUGUUACACUUUGAGAUUUUUAUGGUGAAUUCCAGUGGUGAGAUCCAGUCUAUUUUCUCUCCCUCACCUUUCUUUUUUUUUUUUCUUUUUCCCUCAUGCCUUUAUAAAAUAGUCCAGUGGGGAAUGCGAUAUUAGAAAUAGAUUUUUAAGAGAGAAUGAGGAGAAAAAUGCAAGAUCUUAUAUUUUCAUGUAAUGACCUGUUCUGUAUUUAUGAGGAAGACCAUUCUAUGGAAAAGUAAAAAAAAAAAAGUAAGCAGACAACAGAUUAAUUUACAUAUGAGCAUCUAUAAAUCCCAUGAUUUUAAAAAACUCUAGAACCAGAAUUUGUAGUUCAAAAGCUAAAGAUAAGAUUAUAAAUAAAAUAUUGUUGGUUUUUCUGUACCUGGACACAACUCAUUUGUAGUAUGGCUUACAUGUGAGAAAAUUGAAGGUAAUUAAAUUUCCUACUUUCUAAGAAAGAAAAUACUACAGUAUUCUUUCAUCAUAACAUCACUGUCUAUAGGGUCCUGUUUGACUAGCUGAUUUGAGUUUUGGAUUGAUAUUCAAGGAUGCUGUGGUAUUUUUUCCUUCUCACCAGGGUUACCCUUUGUAGAAUGCUCAGAUUCUAAAAUAAUGAUUAUUUUGUAAAUUCAGUUCCAUUUGGAAGAAAGUUUCAUUAUAAUUUUCCAUUGCCUAGAGGAACUAUAACUAAAAAGGUGAAAGUAUUCUAAACUAUCUAGGGUUGAAAAAGAAUGGUUGGUUCUUAGUGUUAGCAAAUUUGGUUCAAUUCAACAAUAAUUAUGAAAGACUUACUAUGUGCUAAAUUCUGAUUUUAGUUUUCUGGGUGUACAAUUGACAAGACUCAGUUCAUGCCCUUGGAUCAUUCCCAGUAUAUAUAAAAAAUGAUUAAAGAGAUAUUCUCAAUUUAUUACCUGGUACCAGCUCUAAUUUUGCUGUUAGGUGGAAGGCUAUGAAUUGGGACUGUGAAAUUUCAAAAUAUCAGGUUCUUGUUAUUACAGAAACCACCUGAUUUCAUGGUUUCUUCUACAUUUCUUCUGAUAGAGUUGAUUAUCUGCUUCCAAAUGCAGAGUCUUAAGGAAGUAGGGUAUAGAUUUACUCGAAGUUUGGAUUAUAUAAGGAGAUAGUAAUGCUUAUAUACUGAUAAUCAUUAAAGAUACUUCAUGAAGAAUGGAGAAAUAUUAGGUAAGACAACAUACACUAACUUCCAAGUUGAACUUGUUGGUUGUUGUACCUCUGUACUCUCCUGAUAUUUUAAUAUGUUAUGUGUGUGCCUUCUAUCCUUUAUCUAUGUAAAGCAAAGUGAAUAUAUACACACCUGUCUACAGACCUUGAAACGUACCAGCUCCGUCACAAAACAAAAAUUACCAAGCUGAAGAAAAUGUCAGUUCCUAAUGUGUGAACAAUUUCAAUACUCACGUUUCAUUCUGCAGGUUGGCCCUUACAACAGGGGUUUGUGGUCUCGAAGUGUGAAAAACCAAUCAUUACUAGGAAAGUAGGCCAGAUAAAUGGGAUCAAGGGACAGCAGGUGAAUGAGAGCACACAAAAUCUGGCUUCUGUUUUUGAUCACUGAUUAUUUGGC